AGAACUGUGACAGUGUGUGUUAACUCAAAAUUCAACGGAAACGUACAGCUUGAAACUUACAUGAGAAUGAACGAAAGCGAGCUAUAUGGGGCCGAAAGGAGUCGCUGCUAAAAACGUCAAAAUUUCGUCACGUCACGUGAUUCGAUUGAAGAGGAGGAGGCAAGAACUCCGCUCAGCACACCAACAGCACGCACAACGAGAAGAGGAGCCGCGCGAGAGGCAUGCGGUUGGCUGGAAGGAUGACUCCGUUCUUCAUCCCAAUUUUCUUACUCGGCCUUUCAUCCCUGGUCAACGCCGCAAACUUCACUCAAGUCUUCGAGUGGAAUAAUGAAAAGAAUUACAACACGACGAAGGCCUCCUUGGAAGCCGAAAUUUUCAAUCCCAGGAGAAUUAUGCCUUUUUUCAUGGCUGCCUACGGACCAAGACUCUUCUUCAGCAUGUUUAGAGUUUUAAGCACGCCGGUGACUCUGGUGUCUUUGCAUACGAGCAGUGCGUCCUCUGCGUCUCCCAAGUUCACUCCAUUCCCAUCGUUGAACAUUCAUGGACAAGGGGACUGCGACAAACUUGGAGAAGCAAGUGGGCUGCAAGUGGACUCCGUUGGAAGGCUGUGGGUGCUCGAUCAGGGUAGUUUCCGUUGCAGUUCCAAAAUAUGGACGAUCGACUUGAAAAACAACGAUCAAACCAAACUAACUCACCGGUUUUCCUUUCAAAAUUUGAUUCACGACUUUGUGCUCGACGAAACGCCCAACGGAACCUUUGCCUACAUCACGGAAAUGGGUGCACAACACAUUGUCGUGUUUAGUUUGGAAAGAAAUGAAUCUUGGAUUGUGGACACGCCAGGAAAAUCCCUUUUGACCAUUGCUCUUUCCCCCAAGGUGGAACCGAGAAAGCUCUACCUCAGCGAAUACGAAUCCAGUAGACUGUAUUCAAUUUCCAUCGCCGCACUCCGCAACGGAUCUCGAACUGCAAAUCCGGAACUAAUCGGAAACUGGACCGCAGAGCCAUAUAGAAUGCUGAUGGACAACCAGGGGACCUUGUAUGCCGCCUUUUGGGGGAAGAAUUACAUAUCUUCUUGGAACUCUUCCCAGCCAUUUGCGGAGCAUCGUUUUUAUGAGGUCGCUGGACUGAAUACUGACUAUCCGUUUUCUUUUAACUUGGACCAAAGUGGAGCUUUUUGGAUGGCGGUGUUUGAUGACAAGAGUAACAUCCUCACGGUCUUGCUAGAUGAUACAAGAGGUGCAGAGCAAAAUGUUGCGGAAAAUGGCAGCCAAAGAAGAAUACUGAUCGACUCGAGCGUAUUCUUCGUCAUCCUCUUGGCCAUGGCUAUUUUGUAGUUUUUUACUAGCGGGCUAAUAAUCAUUGUUUGUUCAAAUAAAGGGAAUGCAGUGUUUUGUAGAGAAUUGUUUGGUUUCUUGACUAUAUGCAUACUUUAGAAAUAAUAGUAGAAAGGUCAGUAAAGCGUCAAGGAAAACCCCUUUAGCGUCUACAAAUUGAAGAGCUCUCUGGCUAACCUUUAACUAAUUCAGUUCGACGUUGGUUACGGCGACUUGACUGAUCUUUCUACACACCAGAAAACCUGGUAAAACU